AAGAAUUGGACUUUACAAAUGUCAAGGAUUCCAAUUGCUAAAAGGCCUGAGGGGAAGCCCACUAAGGGCACCCCUGUCCAGUUUCAAUAUCCACAAAUUCAAUCAUAUUCCUUAGAAAUUACUACUCAGAUGAGACAACAAGCAAAUAAAAAGGAUUCAGAAGCUGUAUUUCUUCAAAUGUGCAGAGAAAAAAAAUUUGGUGAAAGAGCUUCACCUGCAUAUGAUGGAAAUUUAGUAUAUUCUAUUAUUGAUAUUUGUAACGGUUCUAAAUCUAAGCGAUUUGAUGUCACAGUUCCAGCUCAAGACGACGUUGGUCGUCCAAAACGGUUUACUGCAAUACUUAAAUAUGCUCGUCCUUUUGAUCUUAAAGAGAUGAGAGAAUAUAUUAGAGAAAAGACUGAUCAACCAUGGGAUGGAACCAUUCAAAAUAUCUUAAUUGUUCUUAACGCGUUCCUUAAUUCCAAGGUUCGUACUCAACAUUUAACUCUAGGUAGGAAAGCUAUCUUUCCAAAACCUGAGGAAAAUAGACGGCGUUUCUUGCUUGGAGGUGUUGAACUUUUAUCAGGAUACUGGCAAAGUAUUCGUCCUGGAUGGAAUCAAUUACUUAUCAAUGUUGAUAUAUGUCACGCUACUUAUUAUCCAAGUGGUCCAAUGCUUGAGGUUAUUCCCAAAGUUCUUCGCCUAUCACCUAAAGAUAAAGAAAAAUCAAAAGAUGAUUUACGAUGUGGACUUUCCAGACAAGAAAUUGAUAUUAUAUCUAGAUUUUUUAAGGAUGUUAACGUAACAACUAGUUAUCGGGGAAAUAAUGGAAUAAAACCAAAGCAUAAAAUUGUACAAAUUACUUUUAAAUCUGCUGAUGAAAUUACGAUAAACUCUCAAGGCAGAAGAAUUAGUGUCACUCAACAGUAUAAGAAUGAGGGUGUUAAUUUACAAUACCCUAUGCUUCCAUGCGUGCAUGCAAAGAAACCAAAAUUCGGGGAUGUAUAUUUACCUUUAGAAAUUUGUGUUGUGAUUUCUGGUCAAAAAUAUAGCACUGAAAUUCUAAAUUCACCUCAACUACGUGAUAUGAUUGAGAAAACAGCUUCAAAACCAAAGGAGAGAUUUGAUAGAAUUAUUUGGGGAAGUAAGACUAUUUAUAAACAUUCGACUGAUGAAGCCUUACGAUCUAUUGGAAUGGAAGUUGGUCCUCAAUUUGUUCAAUUAACAUCUCGAGUACUCCCUGCUCCAAAAUUAAUUUCACAUGAAGAAUCUGAAAUUAUUCCACAAUUAGGUUCUUGGGAUUCUAAAAGAUUUAUUAAGGGUGCUGACCUAUUCAAUUGGUCUGUUGUUGUUUUUGAAGAUCCAAACAUUUUACCUAGGGCUCAGAAUGUACACACUAAACAACCUAAAAUCACCUAUGGUAAUCCACAGGGAGAUUAUGCAAAAUCGUUAACAAUUGCUGCUCAAAAUGCAAGAGUUAACCAAAAUAGGCCACCUCAAUUAAUUAUCUGUGCCAUUCAAAGGAAAAUAAAUGGUUCUUCUGGAAUACAUCCACAGAUUAAAAAAAUUUGUGGUGUUGAUUUAGGUGUUGUAUCACAAUGUGUUAUUGCUGGAAAUAUGAGAGGUGAUAUUGUAAAGUGGAGACAAAUUUGUGGAAAUAUUGCCCUUAAAAUUAAUGGAAAAUUAGGUGGAAAGAAUUAUUCAUUGGCUAAGAACGAACUCAAAUUCAAGGCAGAGAAAAGAGUAAAAAAUGAAAAAAUUAUAAACUUAUGA